AUGGCAUUUCGCGAAGUUGAAGGUUUACUUGAUCGUAUAUUAGCGUUAGAGAAUGUUAGCGGAUAUGUUUGUAUGAAUCCCACUGGUGUUCCAAUUCGAACCACGUUUGAUGAUGAAUACACAACAAAACUGGUGACACAAUUACAUCCAUUUUUAGAGCGGAUAAAACGAACAGCUAAUCAUAUUGGAUUAAAAUCAGUGAAUGAAUUACGUCUUAAAACACAAAAAUGUGAGUUUCUUAUUCGAACAGAUAAAGAAUGCUCAUUUAUCGUUGUACAAAGACAAAAGAAAACAAAAAUAGAAACAGAAGAUUAA